UUUAAAUGCUCUCCUUGGUGGUUCACUUUUUAAAUUCUCUGAUUGGUAGUUGGUGAUCAGGGGUGAAGGCAAACCACUUAGUUGAUGACAACUGGUAAAUUGUAUAAGUAGGAGACCAAAACCUCAUUCCAACCCUCUUGCCAUCCUCAGCACUCAGCAGAUCUAAUUCAAUGGGUAACAGCUCAACGUUUAAGCUCACCAACUCUCCUGGAGAUAAUGCUACCAGCUAUGAGGACUCUACUAUCAUGGUUUCUCCUGGGGCUAAUGUUACCAACUAUGUUGACUCCAGUAUCAUGGCUUCUCCUGGUACUUGCUAUGAUGUUUUUUUAAGCUUCAGAGGCGAAGAUACUCGUGAUUCUUUUACAGAUCAUCUCUAUGAUGCCUUAGAGCGAGCAGGACUUCUCACUUUUAGGGAUAAUGAUGAAAUCAGCAGAGGUCAAGAACUAAAGCCGGAAAUUGAGAGAGCAAUCAAAGCAUCCAAGGCUUCAAUAGUUGUCUUGUCAGAGAACUAUGCAACUUCUACAUGGUGUCUUGAUGAGCUUUGGUUGAUCCUCGAGCAAAGAAGGGAGUGCAAUCAUUUUGUUCUUCCAGUUUUUUAUCAUGUCGAUCCCUCAAACGUCAGGAAACAAAAUGGGACUUUCAAGAUAGAAGUAGAAACAUCUACAAGGUGGACAUCUGAUAACGUGAACCGGUGGAGGACAGCUCUUACAAAGGUUGCUGAUUUGACAGGCUUCGUUCUUUCUGGGCUUGAAACAAAGUUUUUGAAGGAAAUUGUUGAUACCAUUUACAGUGAGCUAGAUUGCAAAAAAGUUUAUCUUCCACCCGAUCUAACAGGGAUCAACACUCGAUAUGAGGAGAUCACUUCCUGGUUAUAUCAAUCCGAUCUCGAGUAUUUAGCAAUUUGCGGCAUGGGAGGAAGUGGCAAAACCACAUUGGCAAAGUACAUUUACAAUUCAAAUUGGAGAAGGUUUGAGAAUAUGAGUUUCAUUGAAGACAUUGGUAGUAGAUGUAAAGGACCCCAUGGUUUGCUUGAGCUACAAGAACAACUUCUGAAAGAUAUUUUAGGGGGUAGGAAGAGAAAAAUACCUAGUGUUUCUCAUGGUACGUUUAAGAUUGAGGAGGCAUUACAAAAGAAAAGGGCGCUUAUUGUUCUUGAUGACAUCUUGGAAUAUAGCGAUUUAGUCGCUUUACUUGGAACUGGGAAGAUUAACGCAGAAAGCAAGAUAAUAAUAACUACAGAAUAUUCAUAUCGUUGGUCCAAGUUCUCUAGGUGUCAACAAUAUCAAAUGAAGUUGUUGAAUGAGGAUGAAUCAUUAGAGCUUUUAAGUUGUCAUGCCUUUGGAUCCAAAAUACCGCUAGAAGGUCUCAAGGAGCUUGCAGCACGAGCAGUAAGGUAUUGUGAAGGAAAUCCACUGGCUCUUGAAGUGUUGGGUUCCUCUCUAUCCAAUAGCAAUACCAUCCCAUAUUGGACAAGUCAAUUGGAGGUAUUGAAAAAGGAUAUUCAUUCUCAAAUUCAGGAUGUACUUGAAAGGAGCUACAAUUCAUUGCCAUAUGACUCUGAGAAAGAGUUGUUUUUGCAUAUUGCUUGUUUUUUUAUUGGCAAAGACAUGGAUUACGUGGUAAAGAUAUUGGAGCCUGAUUACUCUGCAGUAUCUGGGAUCAAAACCCUAACCAACAGAUUCCUUCUUUCGGUUUCAUCUAGCAAUAAGUUGAUGAUGCAUCGAUUGCUCCAAGAGAUGGGAAGAAACAUAGUGCGUAAAGAAUCAUUCAAGCUUCCUGAGAAACGUAGUCGAGUUUGGCAUAAUGCUGAGUCUUAUAAGAUACUGAAAAAAGGAAAGGGUUCAAAAACAGUAGAAGGUCUUACACUUGACUUGAAAAUGCUAAAGGAAGAGGACGAGACAUUCAAGUCAUUAAACCUGAAGACCGAUGCACUCAAAAAUAUGGAUAGACUAAAAUUGCUCCAGCUAAAUUUUGUGGAACUCACCGGAUAUCAUGAGAACCUUUCGGAGGAUCUAAGAUGGCUCUGUUGGUUUGGAUUCCAUUUAAGAACCAUACCCUCCAACUUAUUCAUGGGAAACUUGGUGGCUGUAGAUCUGAGCUAUAGCAACUUGGAAGUAUUUGAACCGCCUAUGGUUCUUCAGUCACUACAGAUUCUAAAUCUUAAAGACUCUCACAAUCUAUUCGAAAUCCGCAACAUCUCCAGGAUCCCCCAUCUUGAGACUUUGAUUCUUUGGAAUUGUCGCAGUCUGGUUCGUGUUUGUGAAACCAUUGGAGACCUUACGACUCUCGCUCUAUUGAACAUGACAGGGUGUAAAAACCUGUGCAAAAGGGAGCAAAUAAAUCUGUCAGAAGCUUCUACUUCUGGUGGAGUCAUAGAACAAGCUACCUUUUGCUUCCCACAUUCAUUAAACCGGUUAUUCCUCAAGGAUUGCAAUCUUGAGUGUACUGAUUCUUUUCCUCUGAGUUUCAGUGUUCAACCAUUUUUGCAGUACUUGAAUUUAGGGAAUGGUCGAUUUGAGUCCCUGCCUUACUAUGAUCAUCUUAAAAAUCUUCGGGUCCUUGACUUGAGUUUAUGCUCAAGACUUAAAUGGCUUCUAUGUCUGCCGAGCACACUUGCAGAGUUGUACGUAUAUUAUUGUGAGUCACUGGAGAAAAUAACUUUCCAAUCAGCUCGAUUCAAGUUGCAUGAGUUCGGCUAUGAAGGUUGUAUUAAUUUAUCUGAAAUUGAAGGCUUUCUCAAAUUGGUACCAAUAGCCAAACUGGAUGAAACUGAUUUGGGACAUUUGAAGUGGCUAAAGAAAUAUCAAAGUCAUGAGGUGCUCCUGGUUGGUGAUGAUGAGCUCACCAUAGGCAGAAGUUGGCAUCUCCAGAUGUUGUAUGAAUUCAAUAUAAUGAGCACAUCUCUGCCAGAAAUAAAGGAUUCAAACACAAAGCCUGAGUAUAUGUCAGAAUCACCAUCUUUGUUCUUUGAUGUGCCUUCAUGUCCCAAGAAUAGGAGGCUCAAAGGACUAAAUGUAACAUUCAAAUAUACAUUAGAUGGUGAUGAUUGGGCAUGGUUUGCUAAAAUCAGUACGGCAAAAGGUGUUGACUUGAUGUACAACCCCAAAGUCUUUGGUAAUCCUGGAUUUGUUGAAGUUGGUAUAUGGCUAAGCUAUUGGCCAAUUGGGAACACAUUAGACGUUGGAGAUAAAGUUAAUGUGUCUAUUGUUGUGCUGAGCGGAUUGGUGGUAAGAGAGUGUGGUGCAAGCCUUGUGUAUGCUGAUGAUGAAGAAGCGGAUGAAACCUUGGAGAGAAACAUGGGCUGGGUACAAACUCCUGGUGAGGAUCUGUCUGGAUUUCAGCUAAGCACGGGAGCAUACUAUCUUUGCCGCCGUGAUUUCCUUGAGUUAAUGGAGGUUGGGAGACUGACUCCCGGUUGGUUUAGGGUUUUAGUUGGUGAUACAAUUGACUAUACCGAGGUUCGAGGAUGGAGAAAGACCGGUCGACCUAAGCAGUCGAAUCCCUCAUUUACAGAGUUGAAAACAGUUAGAUGCAUCAUCGAUGGUUCCGAAUCGGAAGACGUUUACAAGAUUGCUGAGAUGUCUAAAUCAUCUUUGGUAGAUAAAACUGUUGAGUCCACAUCAAGCAUACUCUGGGAGACAAUUAAAUCUGGGACUACAUCUGAAAUUAGUGAUGCAACAACAGAGGGGAAAAGUGACAGUUACAAUCUAGAGACUACAGGCAUGUCUAAAGCAUCUGAUUAUCUUGAGAUUAUGGAUACUGCUCCAAUCCUGCCUAAGGAGGAAUUCGAGUCGGCUGUAGAGAAAUUUAUGGCAGAAAGGAGCAAAUUGAUCUCCCCAAUUCACAGACAAGGUGUAACAAAAUUUGUGCAUGUUGUGCAGAACGUGAACUUCCCUAGUGAAGCUAAAAAACGUCAGGUGAUAAAGAUGGUAUAUAAGCUUAUAGGCAUUGAGUCUGUUGCGGUUGAUUCAGGAGGGAGGGCACUAGUCGUCGUCGGGAGAGUAGAUGCUGAUAAAGUAUUAUCUUGUGUGAAGCAGAUUGCUAAAGAUGCAAGUAUCAUAUCUAAUGAACACGAACACGAAGAACUAAUAAACAGACUUAUAGCUGAAUACAAUUUUGUAUACUCGGACAAGCCUAGAUCAUGUUUCCUGAUGUAAGAUGGCGUUUGGACGUUCUGCAAACCAAAUUAAUGUAAUUCAAUGAUACCAUCUUACUGAUUUUUAGAUAUUAUUCUUUUAACAAUCAAGAAAUUGAUAUAUUAAUAUCUUUGAAAAGGUUUAAGGGCCAUGAAUCUGAAUGAAAAUGGUUAUUUAAUUAGUGUUUUGAAUUGAUAAUCUGGAUCUUAAAGACAGAUUAACUGACCGAAUCGGCUCUAAAUUUGUUCAUCUUUGCUACUCCUGCUCCAUAAAACUAUAAUUUGUGUUGUCGUAUGAAAUUGCAACAUUUUCAUUCCCCAAAUGAAGUUUCUUCAUCUGUCACUACAAAUAAAUCAACAGUCUCUCUCGACUAUAACAGUCGUUAUUGCCCUCGUCAUGUUUCCCUUCGCUUGUUUUCUCAAAUCUACACAUCAAUGAAGGUUUUUCGUAUUCUUUUGGUUUGUUUGCAUUAGAGUCCCACAUCAGUUAAACUUGUACCCAUUAUUCUUUGCCUACGAGAAAUUUGCCUAUUUGUUUUUCCCUUAUUUUAUAAGGUGUUCAGAUGUACCAUAAACCUAAAUAAUGUUGUAUGGUA